AUGGCCGAACCUGGCGAACCUGGCGGAACCCGCAAGCCGAAUGCUGCUCGCCCGCAAAUGACGGAGAGCAUGCGCAGCAGCUCCUACUUGAGCGAUCACCAGCAAUUCAGGCCUCAAAAGGUCCCCGAGACUUACCAUGGAAUCGAUGAGGUUGUUGAGAGCGGCUCUGUGCGAAAGUCAGCUUCGCCGAAAUCGAUUCUUCCGUUUCGAGGCGUUCCUGGAGAUGAUAUGCCCGCCACGAUAGUAGACAGCGGCGUCAACCACACCCUCUCCCAUCCCAAUUGCGCACCUCGUCCGGGAUCCAGGUCCAGUCGCUUAGUAGCAACCCUCUUUUACAAGGGCUCUGCUCCUGGUUCUGUUCCGGCACAGUCUCGAUCAUCCACCCUGUCGAAUGGCCAUGAAACGCUACCGCCCAACAUGGCACCCACCACCAACAUAGACGCCUUUCCUCUAGAACCGCCAACGCAAGAGGCAGAGCAACUGGAUCACAUUUACGGCUCUUACAUCUCGCCACUAUGCGUAGCAUCAUUCCUGCAUCUCAUGUCGUCCUUUCCCCUACCCAAAGGAGCAGACGAACCGCACUCGUCACACAGAUGCCUUGACAAUCCAGACACACCUCGCAUCGUCGAGCUCACUCUUUCACCAGCCCCUUCAUCGGAUUAUCUGAGCUUGCCUGAUUUGCGCAGGCACGAAAUGAUCUAUCGUUUUGAGCAAGAAUGGAAUGUCGACGUUAUACUGCAGCGUGAUUCGGUCUGGAGGAGAAAUCCACGGCUGGUUGUAUUUGACAUGGACAGCACACUCAUCACACAAGAAGUUAUUGAACUCAUGGCCGAAACGAUCAAGGAUCCGCCGAAUCUGCCAGCUCGUGUCGCAGAAAUCACUCGCAGAGCCAUGAUGGGCGAGCUAGAGUUCAAUGCCUCAUUCCGCGAAAGGGUUGGGUUGCUCAAGGGUGUCAGUGCUUCCGUGUUUGAACAACUUCGCCCUGUUCUCGACGUCACGACUGGUGUUCCAGAGUUGAUCAAGGCCUUGAAACGCCUCGGAGUCAAGACAGCAGUGCUGUCUGGAGGGUUUCAGCCGUUGACGGGCUGGCUUGCCGACCAACUGGGCAUCGAUUAUGCUUAUGCCAACGAGGUUAUAGUGGAGAACGGCAAGCUCACCGGCGAGACAGCAGGCGAGAUUGUAGGCAAGGAGCGUAAGCGCGAUUUGCUGGUAGAGAUUGCGGCAAGAGAGAAGAUUGAGCUGUCCCAGGUGGUGGCCGUUGGCGACGGAGCCAAUGACUUGCAGAUGCUGGGCGAGGCUGGCCUGGGAGUCGCAUGGAAUGCCAAGCCGCGGGUCCAGAUGGAGGCUGAUGCGAGAUUAAACUCGGGUAGCUUGUUAGACUUGCUGUACCUGUUUGGCUUUACGGCAGAUGAGAUCCAGAUGUUGACGGAGUGA